GGCAUAUACCACAAGCUCAUGAUGUGCAAUCACUCCACACCGUCCAUUUUCUCACCAAUAUAAAUACAAUAAAAAAUCCCAUCAUUAUUUUCCGCUCGACCAAAAGUAAAAUAAAAUCCCAUCAUUGUUUUUUUAUUUUUUUUGGGGAAAAUCCCAAAAGGUAUUCGUUAUCCCUUCGUUUCCUCCACACUCUCCCCUCCUCCUCCACUUCUUUCCCUCCCCCACCCCUCGCCGGUGAUAAAACCGAAACCUCCACCGGCGAGCCACCUCCUACCUCCCGCAACCCUAUACUCUAUAAAAAUACAACUUCUCCGAUGGCCUCGAUUCCGUUCUUCUCCUCCGCGCCACCGCUCAAAUCACUCCAAACCACCUCCGCACCAAACCUACUCCCCUCCAACUCUCUCACUCCCUCCUUCAAUUCUCUCUCUAAAACCCUAACUCUAAAGUCCCGUUCCGUUACCGAGCUCUCGGGGAGGUCCGGCGGCGGCUCGCUGUGGGUGCUUGCUUGCUCGACGUCGGUGCCGUUCAUCGGAAAAGUCGGGCUGCAUAGGAGAGAAGGCAACUCGUCGUUGCUUUCCUUCGGCACGACCCCUAGCCACGUGUCGCAAGCAGGAGCGAAGUCCGACUCGUCGCAAAUCCUGUCGGCGAUGCUUCCGUUCGUCGUGGCGCUCACUGCCGUUGCCGCCCUCGCUCAGCCUUCGACUUUCACUUGGGUAUCAAAGGAAUUGUACGCCCCUGCUCUUGGAGGGAUCAUGUUGUCGAUCGGAAUUAAACUAUCCAUUGAUGAUUUUGCUCUUGCAUUUAAAAGACCUCUACCUCUGUCUUUAGGGUUUGUGUCACAAUAUGCGGUGAAACCAGCACUUGGUGUGUUGGUGGCAAGGGCAUUCCACAUGCCUCCGAUGUUCUAUGCUGGUUUCGUCCUCAUGUCUUGCGUUGCUGGGGCUCAGCUAUCCAGCUAUGCUAGCUUCUUGAGCAAAGGGGACGUGGCCUUGAGCAUUCUCUUGACCAGCUCAACCACCAUUGCAUCAGUUCUUGCUACUCCAAUUUUAACUGGCCUUCUCAUUGGGUCUGUUGUCCCGGUCGACGCAGUUGCGAUGUCGAAAUCAAUUUUGCAGGUUGUUCUUGUUCCGAUCACUCUCGGGCUAGUGCUAAAUACUUAUGCAAAACCUGUAGUCAACGUUCUUCAACCUGUGAUGCCACUUGUUGCAAUGGUUUGCACUUCGCUAUGUAUUGGUAGCCCUCUAGCUAUUAAUCAGAGCCAAAUUCUCUCAGCCGAGGGUUUGCGAUUGAUUGGUCCUGUGUUGAUAUUUCAUGCCGUGGCAUUCACCCUGGGAUAUUGGAUCUCCAAACUUCCAUUUUUAAGGCAAAAAGAAGAAGCUUGCAGAACAAUUUCAUUGUGCACAGGAAUGCAAAGUUCUACGUUGGCAGGGCUCCUUGCCACCCAAUUCCUUGGGAGCAGUCAAGCGGUUCCCCCAGCUUGCUCAGUCGUUGCCAUGGCUAUCAUGGGCCUCUGUCUUGCGUCUUUCUGGGGUAGUGGCUAUCGGAUCAGGGACCUACCUUCUCUUUUAAUCCCACAAACUGGUUCUACAGUUGAGGCUUAGUGAAAGCAACAUUUGGUUAUCUCCUGGAAAAAUCUAAUUUGCAUUGUUAUAACUUAGAGUUGCCUUUUUAAAAUACGCACAGCGUGAGGAAGAGUUGAAAAUGUAGAAAGAGGGUAAGGCGGUUGUCGUUGGAAGCAGAGAUGGUUGUACAGAGGUAGAGGAGCUCGUUUGUUUGUACCUAAUGGUAUUUUGUUUACUAGACCUGAGGUUUAUGCAAUACACAAGUUAUACGGAUGGAAGCA